UCAUCAUCAUGCCGUCUAUCUGUAGCACAAGAAGCGCUUGACCGCAACUCCAGUCGUUGGUUCCGCAGCUGUCUGUGUGCUCGGAACAGCACAAUGCGUUUAUUUCUGCUGCCAGUGUCAACCAGGAGGACUCUGAUAUACUGCGAACGCGUCGCCGCUCACACCGCCGUCCCGGGAACCAAACCUCCCCUCCAGGAGCGCAUGAUUACGAAAGCUGCUACGACAUGGGCGAGCUGGGAAGCCGCCGAGAAGGGCUGGCAAAAACAGACUACAUUGUAUGCGAAUAAGCUGUUCAGGCGGAUUCCCUUUGAGGAAUGGGGUCUCAAGACCAUACCGCCUGCGACGAAGCAGCGUCUCGAGGCCAUUGACAAGGGGGAUCUGCAAGUGGAAUGUUUGUAUCCCGGCGCGUUCUUGAAUGGCAGUAAAGUGCCCGAGAUUCUGAAGAGACUCGCAACGGAAAGGCAAGGACUGCAUCAGAAGAGAAUAUGGCAGAGCAUAGCUUUGAUGCCGGUUGUGGCGCCCUUCGCGCUGGUGCCUGUAGUGCCCAACCUGCCCUUCUUCUACCUCGUCUGGCGCGCGUGGUCGCAUUAUAAAGCGCUGUACGGCGGCAAACUCCUGGAGCACUUGACGACGCACAAUCACAUCAAGAUCGCUCCUUCCGCACAAAUGGAUCAGUUGUAUGCCGCCGGUCUGAUCGCACCGAACCGACAGGCGACACGCGACGCGCCUCUACCGACACCAGAGCAGAUUGCACAGAUCGCUGAAGUGGUGGAAACGCAGACGGAAAACGGCAAAGGGGAAGCAAUGCUACUGCAGAAAUGGAAUGGCAAGCUUCUUGCCGAAGGAUUCAAUCUGCCGGAAAUGGAGAUUGAAAUUGAGCGCGCAGUGGAGCAGGUCGAACAAUCAAUAAAAGAGCAGAAGCCCGAGGGCAACCUCAAAGCAGAGAAAGAGGAACUACAGGGGGUAAUUGAGAAGCAGGCUCCAGAUGUACAUGUACGAGAAACGAAGCAAUGAUCUACGGAAAGAUGGAGGGACCAAGACGUCCAGGUUUGGCCACGGAAGGGCAUGCAUGCAUGGCACGGUAGAAGACGAUAGACGACGCUGCUGGGUGGAAGGGAUGUGCUACCGCUCACUACUCAUAAUUGAUGUACAGGACACGACCACAGACUUAUGAGAUGAAUCAAGGUCCUCACACAUGCCGAAGUUUCAUCACCACGAUCCUGCGGGAUGUUCACAGACUCGAGAGCACCGUCCCCCGCAAACUUGCGCUGGUGAUUUAUGUGAUGAAAGGCCAACCAACGGACGUUCCGAACGCCGUGCAAGACACCUAUACCGCAUGUUAUGCAAGCGCAUAAAAGUCGUCGCCGAGGCGGUCGAAGAGGAGUACGGGUAGGUAUGUACUCAUAGGUACCUUGGCUACGAGCUUAACGAGACCAACC